AUGGCGCAAAAUAGGCAUUGGGAACAAGACAAGGAGGCGACGGUUUACAUCGGAAACAUCGACGAGCGCGCAACAUCCGCAAUGGUAUACGAAAUCAUGCUUCAGAUGGGACCCAUCCACAACAUCCACAUGCCUCGCGAUCGUGUUACCCAGACACAUCAGGGCUUCGGCUUCGUCGAGUUUCGCACACCCACAGACGCUGAAUACGCCGCCAAUGUUAUGAAUGGCAUCAAGCUGUACGGAAAGAGCUUGCGCGUUAACAAGGCCAGCGCAGACAAGCAGCGUGCCGCUGAGGUUGGCGCCGAGCUGUUUAUCGGAAACCUCGAUCCCAUGGUCGACGAGAAGAUCCUUUACGACACGUUCAGUCGCUUCGGCCCACUACUCAGUCUGCCAAAGGUCGCGAGGGAGGAGUCUGGCGCAAGCAAGGGCUUUGGUUUUGUCAGUUUUGCCGACUUUGAGAGCAGUGAUGCUGCUAUUGCGAACUUGCACGGACAGUAUAUCUUGAGUAAGGAGGUUUCGGUGCAGUAUGCCUUCAAGAAGGACGGAAAGGGAGAGAGACAUGGCGAUGAGGCAGAGCGAGAACUCGCUGCUCAAGCGAAGAAACGGAAUAUCGUUCCAGAAGCACAACCUGUGCCCCAGGCGUUUCUACAACCACCACCUGUUGCAGCUGCGCCUCCAGCUGGUUUCGAUCCUUCAGCUAUGGGAAGAAUGCCCGUCGGUGCACCUCCACAAGGCAUCCCUGGUGGGUUUGCACCUCCCGGCCGAGGUCCGUCGCCAUACAAUGUCGGGGUUCCGCCCCCCGGAGCUCCUCUAAGAGGCUCCGUCCCUCUACCACCAGCUCCCUCAGGUUUACCAGCGCGACCCCCACAAUCACAGGCUGGAUACACCAACCCAGCCGAUUUCCACCCUGGCAGUUUCAGACCACCCUCCGGAUCUCCGGCGCAGGGCUACCCAGUUGCUCCUCCGCCCGGAUUCCCUGCUCCUCAAGGCGCCCCCGGUGCUGCUGGUGCUCCUCCCCCUGGUUUUAUGCCUCCUCCAGGCUUCCAACCACCCCCUGGAUUCCGUCGGUAA